ACGUACAAAAAUCAUCUGAACCUCCCAUCGACGACAGUCAGCCAUAAGUAAGAAACGAGAGCGCGCGUUUCUAAGCGAUCCUUAAUUUUAUAACAUUCAUUUUUUUUUCACGCCUCACUUUGAUGUGCUAACAUGGCCGCCGUUAACGGAAAAGACUCCAAUGACGUCCCACCAUCGUCUUUGAUCCGACGAAUUAGUUCGCGCUCAAUUAAAAACUCGAUUUCGGAGGACAAAGAGAAUGGGGACGUUUGUCAGAAGGGAUCAUUCGUGGGUAAAUUCAAAAAGACACCAGAGGCGUUAAAGAAUUUCCACAUAAACGAUCCUGAGGGAAAUCUCGAAGUGCCUGGAACGCCGGCUACUCCGCGAACCUCCACUACACCUGGUCACGAAAACUGCACCUUCCACCAUGAUCUCGAGCUGGACCACAGACCGCCCACCAGGGAGGCUCUCUUACCCGAUAUGGCUAAAUCUUACAGACUCUUGCUUACCGGAUUGGGAGAGGACCCAGAGAGGGAAGGUCUUCUGAAGACACCAGAGCGUGCUGCUAAAGCCAUGCUGUUCUUUACAAAGGGUUACGAUCAGAGCUUAGAAGAGGUGUUAAACAAUGCGAUAUUCGAUGAAGACACGGACGAAAUGGUGGUUGUGAAAGAUAUUGAAAUGUUCUCCAUGUGCGAGCACCACUUGGUGCCCUUCUACGGCAAGGUUUCCAUUGGUUACCUUCCCCAGGGCAAGAUUUUGGGGCUUAGCAAGCUGGCCAGAAUCGUGGAGAUCUUUUCCCGCCGGCUGCAGGUGCAAGAGCGUCUCACGAAGCAGAUUGCCAUUGCGGUGACACAGGCCGUGCGACCCGCUGGCGUCGCCGUCGUUAUUGAGGGAGUGCACAUGUGCAUGGUCAUGCGCGGUGUGCAGAAGAUAAACAGCAAGACGGUGACGUCAACGAUGCUGGGGGUGUUCCGCGACGACCCCAAGACGCGCGAGGAGUUCCUCAAUCUUGUGCACUCCAAGUGAGUGGCGAGCCUUUGGUUAGAUCCACAGUUUAACGUAGCUUUUAAAUGGACCGUAACCAUAUAUCUAAAUGGACCGUAACCUUGUAACCACAGUUUGACGACACUAAAUGAACCGUAACCAGAUUCAUUCGGAGAUUUGUUUAAAAGGAACUUUAAAGGACACUGAAUAUACAGUUCAGUACAGAAACCUAGAAUUCUGAGUCAGUUGAAUAGUUUCAAAUGAACCAUAACCAGUAAAAUUCAGAAAAGGCUAUAUUCUAUUACCAAAAAUCUUCCUAGAACUUUCAAAUGAUUAUUCAUUUCCAAUCGAUCUGUAAGGAAAUUUGAUGUUGAUGAGAUUCAAAUGACCUUUAAGGAAUUUAAUCAUUCUGAAAAGACAGUUUAAUUUAACUUGUUAAAAGAAUCAGAUAGUUUAGAAUAUGUUUUAUAUGAGCCUACCUAAAUGGGUUUCUGAAUAAUAGAAUCUUGUGGUUUAAAAGAAAUUGCCCAAAAUCACACGAUUCUACUUAACAACACCAAUGAUUCUAGAACAGUUUUGAGCUCGGAAUUCGAAAAAAGUUUUUAACGGAAAUAAAUUAAGAAUUCCAAAGAAGGUCGCUUAAAAUCUAUAUAAACAACUGUGGGUCUACGAUUUCUUUACACAAAGACAUUAUCAUUUUGCCCAUGUCUGCAUUGUAUGUCUGUAAUGGUUAAGUUGUCUACGGCUGCCUCAGUUCGUUACUUUUUCAGUAAAUGUGUUCCUGUACGAAUUGGUUUUUACUCGCUUAUUGUGUCUUUUAAUCUUAACAAUAGCUUUUUAUGUGUACUAUUUUGUUUUGACAUUCUCUUGUGCAUCAUUUCUUUUGAUUAUUUUCUUCUUGUUCGUUUUGUAAAACUUGUAAAUUUCCUUUCGAUUAUUUGUUAUUACUUUAUACUUUACUCAGUUGUUGUUCUAAGUGGUUACGAACGUCCAAUUUUUAAAUAAAUAUAAGUUUGUUUGUAAUCUAGAUUAAUUUGUUACCGUUAUAUAAUGUGAUUCUGUUGAAAAUUUUAUAAUUAAAACGGAAACUUUAUUAUAUGUUUAACGUAAAAAUGAAAUUUAGUAAAAUUUAUAUUAUGAUAUUUUUUGUACUAUUUACAUUCCUUAGUGAUAAUCGGUCGGCGCCAAGUUGUAAAUUAUAAAAUGGAGUAUUGUGGCAAUAUCGAUUAUAUUAUAUACUGCCUUCUAUCAUUUAGAUUAAUUAAUUAUGUUAUCUAAGUUACACGGCUUGCUUCGAGCACAUUCAUGUUUUGCUUUUCAAUUUAAUAUACAUUUUAACAAUAAUCUAUAAGAUUCAUUUUCUAUCGUGAAGACAAUAAUUUGAGGUUCAUUUUAAAACAUUUUGAAAAACACGAUUUAACGAAUUGCCCAAAAUCGUGCUUUUCAAAACUGAAAAAGUACAAAGGUUU